AUGGGUCCUACCGAGAGAGACGUGACUAUCGUGGAUUUCUCUUGGGAGCCUCAACUACAUCAUGAUGCUGACGAGGCAGAGAAGAUUCUUUCCAGAUCAGAACACCUCAAGAAACAUCAGCAGAGACCCACAGGGAAGAAGCCCCACUGCUGCUCUGACUGUGGGAAACAUUGUAAAUGUUCAUCAGAACUAAAAAUACACCAGCGAGUACACACAGGAGAGAAGCCUUAUAGCUGUACUCAAUGUGGGAAGAGUUUUACUACGUCUUCCAAUCUGACUAAACACCAGAGAAGACACACAGAAGAGAAGCCUUAUAGCUGUACUCAAUGUGGGAAGAGUUUUGUUACAUCUAGCUAUCUGACUUUACACCAGAGAACACACACAGGAGAGAACUCUUAUAGCUGUGAUCAAUGUGGGAAGAGUUAUGUUACAUCUAGCUCUCUGAAGGUACACCAGAGAACACACACAGGAGAGAAACCAUAUAGCUGUACUCAAUGUGGGAAGAGUUUUACUACAUCGAGCUCUCAGAAGGCACACAAGAGAACACACACAGGAGAGAAGCCAUAUAGCUGUAAUCAAUGUGGGAAAAGUUUUACUCGGUCAAGCUCCCUGAUAAUGCACCAGAGAACACACACAGGAGAGAAACCAUAUAGAUGUAAUGAAUGUGGGAAGAGUUUUACUCAGCCAAAUGGAUUGAUAUUACACAAGCGGACACACACAGGAGAGAAACCGUGUAGUUGUACUCAAUGUGGGAAGAGUUUUAUUCAGGCAAGCUGCCUGAAAGUACACCUGAGAACACACACAGGAGAGAAACCUUACCACUGCUCUGAUUGCGGAAAGAGUUUUGUUAGAUCAAGUGAUUUAAAAUCACACCGGAGAACACACACAGGAGAGAAAUCACCAUAUAGCUGUACUCAAUGUGAGAAGAGUUUUAAUCAGUCAUGCUCCCUGAUAUCACACCAGAGAACACACACAGGAGAGAAACCUUUUAGCUGUAUUCAAUGUGGGAAGAGUUUUACUCAGUCAAGCAGCCUGAUAGCACACCAGAGAACACACAUAGGAGAGAAAUCUCAUAACUGUCAUCAAUGUGACAAGAGAUACUCUGUUAAAAGAUCUCUGAUCAAACAUCAGAAAAUACAUAAAUGAAGGAGUUGUUUUAAUAAUCUCACAGUGUAGAAUGUUUUAACAUUGUAGUAUGAGUAUUUUAAUGAUGUCACAAUGUAGAACCUUAAAAUGUUUGCCCCCUGUUCUAUUGAUUUCAGCAUGAUAUGGAUAUUAGCAUCACGGAAAAAUACAAGCUCUGAAUUGAAAGAGUACUAUUUAUGUGAUUUAACAAAAAGUGACUAACAAAAAAAGAGUUGUGUUGCACUUCCCACAUUGGCCACCCACUUGAAUCAAAAUGCAACACUUGAAAAUGUAGCGAGCUGUCUACAAAGUUUACUCAUUUUCCCCAGAUUCUGUGUGGUUUUUGAGCUGUUAGUUUUAACAGGACAUGCAAUCUCAACUCGCUCCUGUCGCACAAUUGAUUUCAACAUGAUAUCGAUGUGGUGAUGACAAAUAAGUGUUCCAUUCCUUUGUUUAGCGACCCCUUCAUUUAAAUGCAUCACUCCAAAAUGUAGCUGACUGUCUUCUGCAGGUUGUCCUCUAACCAGUGAGGUAAAAUAUAAUGACUGAGUCGGGACAUUGUAAAGUAAUAGCCUAUUUUGCUGUAUAAAGAGAAAGAGAGCGACA